UCGUAGGCGCUGACGCCGCGCCCCGCCCGCGGGCCAGGCUGGGUAGCGGCGGGCGGGGGGCGCCGUUAGCUGCUGGGCUCCCCCCGCUGGGCCAUGCGGUAGCGGGGUGCGGCGGGCCCGUGCUCUCAGAGGCCAUGGAGCAGCUCCCGAGCGGGCGGCGGCUCCGGCUGGUGUCCUCGCUGGGGCUGGGGCAGCGCGCCUGGGAGGUCACCUUAGACGUGGAGUGGGGCCGGCUGGCCUGGCGCGAACCCCGCCCGCCGCGCCGUGGCGAUGAAAACUUUUUUGUACCAACCUCGGAGAUCAUUGCUGUAGAAGAAACAGAACUUAACAAGAAACAACGAAAUAGUGGCAAAUGGCAAAAAAUGGGAAAGCCACAUGCUUUCACAGUGUAUUAUGUGAAGAAAGCCCGAAAUCACCGCUGGCGGUGCAGUGAUGUGACAUUUUGGUGUGCUGAUGAGCACUUGUGUAAUCAGUGGAUACAGGCACUGAAAGAAUUACUUGAAAUGCAGAAAUCUAGACCAAAGCAGUUGCUUGUGUAUAUUAAUCCUUAUGGAGGAAAACGACAAGGGAAGAGGAUUUAUGAACAGAAAGUUGCUCCACUCUUCAGUUUGGCUUCUAUCUCCACUGAUGUUGUUAUAACUGAACAUGCUAACCAUGCUAAGGACAAUCUACUUGAAGUUAAUAUUAAUAAAUAUGAUGGUGUUGUUUGUGUUGGUGGGGACGGCAUGUUCAGUGAAGUGAUGCAUGGUCUCAUUGGAAGAAUGCAGAAGGACUCUGGCAUAGAUCAAAAUAAUCCCAAAGCACCAUUAGUCCAGUGCAAUGUAAGGAUUGGCAUAAUUCCUGCUGGAUCAACAGACUGCAUAUGCUAUUCAACUAUUGGCAUUUCUGAUCCAGUGACAUCAGCUCUUCAUAUUAUUGUAGGUGACUGUCAGCCUCUGGAUGUCUGUUCUGUACAUCAUAACAACACAUUUUUGAAGUAUUUUGUGUCAUUGCUGGGUUACGGUUUUUAUGGAGAUGUAUUAAAAGAUAGUGAAAAGAAGCGGUGGAUGGGUCCAAUGAGAUAUGACUACUCAGGCUUCAAGACCUUUCUUACUCAUCAUUACUAUGAAGGAACAAUUUCAUUUCAACCAGCAAAACGCACACUGGGAUCUCCACGAGAUAAAUAUACCUGCAGAACAGGAUGUUACAUUUGCAAGAAAAGUGAGCAACAGCUGGCACAGCAGCAGAAGCAGUGUGGAUUAAAGCAUGAAGAAGAAGAAGAAUGGAAGAUUAUUAAAGGGAAAUUUCUAGCGAUUAAUGCAGUAAAUAUGAGCUGUGCCUGUCCACGAAGUCCGAAAGGUCUUUCACCAGCAGCUCAUUUGGCAGACGGUUCAGCUGACCUCAUUCUAGUUCGUAAAUGCUCAAGAUUUGAUUUUCUACGGUAUCUUGUCAGACAUACAAACCAAGAUGAUCAGUUUGACUUCUCAUUUGUAGAUGUUCAUCGGGUGAAGAGUUUUCAAUUUACUUCAAAGCUUUCAGAAGACAAUGAAAGCAAUGUCACUGACGUGGGAAAGAAACGAUUUGGCCAGUUCUGCCGAGAUCACCCAGCCUGUUGCUGUAGUAUUGCUAAUAGCACCUGGAAUUGUGAUGGAGAAACUCUAGAGAGUUCAGCAGUUGAAGUGAGGGUUCACUGCCAGUUAAUGAAACUAUUUGCAAGGGGAAUCGAGGAAACCUGUAAAGAUGAAGCUGCCUACAGCCAGAGUAGUGUUGAGCAAUUACUGUAAACAUUGUUCCUCCAAUGGGGAGAAGAAAAAAUGAAAGCUCAAGAAACUUGAGUAAAUAUGCAUUUUAGUCAAAUUGACAAGUAUUUUAAACUUUUAGGUUUGAGUUUUUGUUUUUUUACAGCUUCAGUUUAGUUUUAGACAUCCUAUUGCACUGUGUCAUUUUUUUUAAAGAACAUCAUAAUCAUUAAAAUGUACCU